UUUUACAAGAUAUUACAUACAGAUGAACAAUUUUAACAAUCUAUUGGAAAACAGAAAUAAACCGACAAGUAGAUAUUGAAAAUAUUAUAAAUUUUGAUAUUUUCAAUAAGUACCUCCAUGAUUUUUACGAUCUCCGUGUCAGGUGCAUUAAAACAAUCAGCAUUCGUCAAUGAGUAAUGCGUCUGCUGAAGCCGUGCGGGUUAACAUGUGCGACGGCGAAGCGCCGCACGAUCGGGUAGUAGUAGGAGGCCGCGACCGUGGCGGUGCAACGUGGUGGUGAUCCGUUCCGACGGCCGUCGCGACGGUCAGGGCUGCCGAGAGUGAAAAUCGGCGGCGGCGACGGGCGCGGCGCUUGCGUCGCACGCGGAAACCGAAAGUGAAAAGCGAAAAGCCCACCCCACUCCUUCCCCUACCUUUCGCUUUCGGCCGGUGCCGUCCCCUCCAGACCACUUUCCCCGGCGGUGCGUGCAUCGUUGCAGUAGGCUGCCGAGUGAGCCGCUUACAAGACGUGACCGCUAACGUAUUUGCGAGGCAAGGUCAACAGCAUCCACACACACACACACACACUGCGUCUCCGGCGUUCUGGACGGCGAACAUUCGUGCGGAGUAAAACUGUUCGUUGCAACCCUGAAACGAAGGGAUAUUUUGGCACCAGGUCGCCGCUGGCGCGACGCCACCAGUGACGUUAUGGCACCGCGACGCCAUCUCGGACAAGUUCAAGGCCUGUUGGGAAUCGAUGGGCUGGAGGACGCGAACGUGACCCGGUGCUGCGUGCCCACCGGGGACUGUCUGCGCGUCCAGCAACAGCUAAGCCCCAACAACAACGACCCCAUGCUCAUCUCCCUGGACGACCUGCGGGACACGGUCCGCGUGACCUGCAACAACGAACUGUGCACCGCCGGCCGGUACAUGCACCGCGAGUGCUUCGAUCAGUGGGAACAGACCGUACUGGCCUAUCUGAAGACCUGCGGCAGGGCCAGGUCCUGGAGCGAGCGUCAACGACACCAGAACCUCUGGACGAAGAAGGGCUACGAUCUCGCCUACAAGGCGUGCGGCUGCCGGUGCGGCCGCGGCCACCUGAAGAAGGACCUGGACUGGAUGCCGCCGCCGCCCACGAGCCACAUCUUUGGGCGCAUCGAGGAGAUCGACGCCGGCAAGAAGAAGAAACGCAACAGGAACAGGAACCCGAAGCCGACGCUGGCCGUCUCCGCCAAUCACUCAGUCGGGAUGAUUGGAGAGGCGCCGCCGACGCGUGGCAGGGCUGGAAGUCUGUCGUCGAGCACCGGGUCAUCGUCGCCGCCGGCUUCAGGCAGCGAGACCAGCAUCUCGCCUGUUCAUGCUCAUUCCAAGAAGAAGUCCAAGAUCGAGAUCGCAGAUAGAAUCAGGGUCGGAGGUGGUGCCAAUGGUAUUUUCACUCGCCGAUUGGAUUUCAGCUCGUUCAACGCGCUGCCGAAGAACAAACUUAAUUCUUAUCAAAUUAAGACUGAAGAUGAAGGUAAUCACGGAAACGACGAUACUCGUUGCUUCAUCUUAUCCACAUUGGCAUCACAAGGGCGUUCCAAGGUACACUGCGUCUUGUGCGAAGAUCAGUUGCUCGUUUUCGACAGAUAUCCUCUUGUUGAUGGCACUUUCUUCCUUAGCCCUCGUCAACAUGCCAAGAGCUGCAUUGAGGUGAAAGUGGAGGGUCGCACCCAGUUCUUGACGGUCGUUUGCAUGGGUUGUCUGGAGGGUGUGACUGGUCGCGGCAUUGUGUGCCGUUACUGCAACCAAAAAUGGGACGGCUCGUCUCUGGUUCUCGGUACCAUGUACUCUUAUGACAUUUUCGCCGCCAUGCCCUGCUGCACCGAAAGAAUUAAGUGCAACUCAUGUUACAAGCCGGUCCUGCAUCCGGCCCAGCGCCUGAACUUCUUCAGCGACUACAGUCACAUGGUGCCGUGUCCGCACUGUCGCACUCUAGACACGCACUUCGUCAAGCCCUUGGGCUUCUGCUACACCCGCCAGACUGCACCGCGAACACUCCAAAUGUGGCCAUAGCUAACGGCCCCCGGAGCCGUAGCCAAAGCGCCUCCCACGCCCCCUACGCCCCCCGAUCCAGAUCCCAUGGAUUUGGAUCUUGGGCUUUUGUGGCGCGAACUGGCCGGUCUCCGUCUCGACGAGUUUUGUCGCCUGCAGCUGACUAGGGCGCGGUAGAUCUGAUUCGCCCCGGGGCGCAACUAGUUUUCUUUGUUAUGUUGUUGCAUUUUUUAUGUGGGGGACGCGCGGGGGGCGGUUGCCAGUGUGACACAAAUUUGACGGCUUCCAGCCCUAGCUGAGGAACCGCCUCACGCGUGAGCGACCCGCGUAAAAUCAGUUAUGUUAUUAGUUUAUUAUUAUUACAAUUAUAUGUUUGUUAGUUUUUAGUGAAUUUAUUCAUCUUAAGUCGAAAAUGAAUGACAAUUGUGAUUAUAUCGUUAACUCUAAGUUUUAUUCGAAUUCUGUUUGCGCGAAGGUUAAAUAAUCCUUCAGUAACCAAACUUUUACUAGUUAAUUAUGUGUUACAGAUCGUCAACUUGUGAUAAUCAAAUAUAAUUCCAAGUAAAAUUUGAACAGUACUUUGAUCUGACUGUAACAAUUUUACUUAUAAACUCCAUCAACUGUCUAACUAAAACUAAAAAGAAAUCACCUUCGCGCCCUUAGCUAGAUUUUAGAUUAGUCGUGCACCUGCGUUAGUUCUUGUUCUUUAUUUUAAUUAUCAUAUCCUUUAUUGUUUCAUCAUCGAUCCACGCGAUCGUCUUACUUAAAUAUUUGUAAUACAUUACAGUACUAUAGUAAUAACUUUGCUGUGUCCCAAUAAUUAGUGAUAGGUGUGAGAGACGUCCCUGCGGGUCCCAAGGAAGUGUUCUUUUAUGGGAGGCGAGGGACGCGGCGUGUUUGGGGUUUUAAUAAAACAAACAGAAUAAAAAAUAGCGUGAGACAAGUGAGAAGUGCAUGCCUGUGUCCUGUUAAUCGUUAUCGAUGUCUAUGUGAUGGGUUUCAGGGACAGUCGGUCUCCCUGCGAGUAGCACACUGCCACAAUCAUCCCUUAUAGAGGUGGGUUCAUGUAUGUGUUUCGUGACAAUUAUUUUAAUCUUGAUAUCAUAUUAAAACUUUUUUACUUUGUUUACUUUAUUUGAAUUAUUUUAAUAUUUUAUAUCAAGAUUUUUUUUUAAAUGAAACGAAUUACAUAACGGAUAAUUUUAAUAAUAUUACUCCAUUCAUUUUUAUUUAUAUGAAAUAUACACUUUUAGUAGAUUUUUUCUCAUUAUCAUUUAAAUUUACUUAUUUAUUUAAAUUUAAAUAUGCAUUAAAUGUUUCAUCAAUCAUAAAUUGUAUUAUUAAAUACAAACAAAUAUCUGAUAGCAGUGGUGAAGAUGAAUAAUUGUUACAACCCCUUCUAUAUCCUGAUGCUGCACAAAGUAGCCUUUUCCGAAACGGACGUACAAAGUACUCAGCCGCUCAGAUUAUCCGCAAAUACCUCAGAACUAAUUUAAAUACAAUUGAAAUAGAAGACGAUGAAUGUGGCGGAUCUAGGAAAUUGCUUCAAGUACAAACCGUUCGUUACUUUUGCAAAUUUUAUAUAAUAAAUAAUACAUAUAAUCAAUUGUUGAGGGUAAAAUAAUUCCUAUCUCCGUUUAGCCAAAGCUUCUGUUGUUUUUCUUGAAUAAGGAUUUGACAGCGCCGAAUGCGGUGCAAGUUUUGGACCAAAUUCGUCGCGUCACUAUCCACUACACAUCGACCGACUUGAUUUGUUGCGCGUGUGAGAGCGAGCUUCUGUGCCGUAGUUUAGAUUAGUACUAGUGUAGCUUUAGAAAGGUAGAACUGCAUGCCCAACCCGCUUAGCUGGCUCUGAAAUGACUAUAGUGAGUAGGAACUUCCGCUUCUUCUUGUUAUCGAGGCCUAAGACACGGUCUAAUAAUCUACCAGUUUUUUUACGUGAAAUCGUUCUUAAUGUUACUAUUACUAGUGCGGUGGACAAGCAACUCCAAACUUCGGACGGACUGUGAGUAUUCUAGUCUAAAUCAAGCAUUUGGUUCUAGAACACCGUCUUCUUGAUCGUGUGCAUCCCACGUUUAUAGUCAAAUGAUUUAGGCAAAAUGCUUAAACUAGCUAAGAAAUGAGGAUCAUCCAUUUCAUCUGUCAUCUGUAAAAUAUUAAACCAUAACACUUACACUUUAACGUAAUAUACAACUAGGUGAUGCAUGUUUUAUUGUGAUUUGGAGUAAGUACUGAUCCACUAUUGGGUCAUUAGACUUUCGAUCUGUUUAAUCAAGCCCAAAUUUUGUUAAUCAUACUCGGUUGUUUUGUGUCAAACACUCAAUCGUUAAUCCACCGACUGCGCCAGAUUUGAGAUAACAAAAAUUGGGGUUCAUUCCACGGAUAUAAAAUGACUCAUUUUGAUUAUUAUCUUUUUGACAGUCGUUACAGCGACUUAAAAUUUGUACAUAACGUAUUCGAUUUCGAAAAAAAAUAAUUAGUUUUUUUAUUAAUUGGUAUUACAAUAAUAUAUGUCGAUUAAUCGUAAGUCUAGUGCGUAGUGAUUUUUUAUAUAAAUUUAAAAAUACGAAUUAUAGGUGUAAUCGUUGAAGAGGCGCGGCACCCCAAGCUGGUGCGAGGACCAAAUCGGUGGCUGCCAGAGCUCGACUCAUUUGUCUGGUUUCGGGCUUAUUAAAAACGAGAAGUCAAACAAUAUGCCAGAACAAAAUCGUUCGGAGGUCCGGUGUCCUCUCUAAUCGUUGCGGCUCGGCCUACACUGAUUAAACCUCACUGAAUGAACUCACUCAAAUAUCACGAAUUCUAUCUAAUUCUUAUCACUGCCAUAAAAUACCUCUGAAAAUUUAUUUAAUAAACCAAAUAUGAAGGUCUGAAAAUAAUAUUUUUGAUAUUUUAUCUAAAUCGAAACAGAAGAAUACUCCAUUAAAUAUUGUCAUGCCAAUUUGAAAAUGUGUCAAAUAUUCACCAUCAAUAUUCAAGACAACAGUCAUUUUUGAUAACUUACUUUUCAAAUAUUAAGUAGUUGACUAUUUUUCAUUUAAUUGAAAAUGUGAUACUACUAUUAAAAUAUUUCUUCAAUAAAAAUCGUUGGAAAAACUGAACGUAGAUCAAAAUAGAGUAGGGAUAUACAAUGAAUUUUGGCCGGGCCGCUGUUAUUCACUUGAUAAGGCUGUCGAUGCACAAUACACGGAGGCGCAAUCAGGGUAAGGGUCGUACCAUAGAGCACCACUAUAUGUAAACUUAGUAGUGUAGCUUGGCUGCAAGUAGAUAAUGAUAUGUAUCUGUGUGUGUUUCGCUUAUGUCUUUUAGCCUAACUUUUUGAGUCCUCCAGCCACCAACCAUGAGAACAACCCGUCGAGGUUAAUUACCUUAUUACCCAAAAUUUUUGGUCCGGUUCGCGGUAACUGGUGAUGUCUCGACAUUGCUGUAAACUAGUGUUUACGAAUUGGCUUAAAAAAACGUAAUGUGAGAAAUUGACAUUUUGUGAUACUAUAUUUUUAUACGAGAAUCGUGGUAGCGUUUAUUAUUAUUAUAUUGGUACCGCUAAAUUUUUUAUAUUGUUGUUUUCAAUUGGCUCAAAAUUUUACGAUAUGAUAAGACGGGGCGGUUCCGUUUAAAAAUGUGUGAUUCAAUCGUAUUUGAUAAGGAACUCAUGAGUGAUAAUUUUUUUAUAAAAAAUCGUAAAAAUCCGCAAAAAAAUUGAAAUUGGACCGUAAGGAUUCUAUGUUUUUAUACUAAAAUUAUUGUAAAUUGUAUAACGAUUUAAAAAGUAGACUUUUAAGACUUAAAUAGGAUUUAGGUGUCGUUUGUGUUGUUCGUUGCUCAUGGUUGUGUGGUGGUUCCCCUGCUUUUGCGUUGACGGGUUGCAAUACGUGCAGUUUCACAUAAAAUAAAGCAACAUCCACGAAGUCCCAUUGUCACAAUAAAACCAUAUAAUUCAUAGCCUCUAUAUAUUGUACAUUUUUAAAACUCAGGUCAAUGCUUAUAGAGUGAGGCAUUUUUCAAGUUUAUGAUGAUUAUAAUAUGUAAGAUUUUAACAGAUAACUGGUUUUAGAACUGACAUCGGAUAGAGGGAAAAUUGUCUCUGAUUAUAAUCUGGUCGUUGGUACAUCAAUAAAUUUGCAAACAUUCAAACACCCAAAUGUAUUUUUAUUAAUAUUACCAUAAUAAUAUUUUGAAUUUUCUUGAACACUUUUCGCUUGCAUAUUAAAGGUUUUAUGACAAGCAAACUUUUACAAAAUAAACAUAUACUUUCUUUUAAAUUAACACAUUACGAGAUAUGUAUCUGCCAACGACCCCCAGUGAAAAACCUGUCGUGUCGCGACCCAACCUUUCUCCUAUCGAAGUACAAAUUUUUCAUAUUAACACUUUUAACAUAAUUAUUAAUUAUUAUUCAUUAACAGAUAACCAAUUGUUUCGGUGUCGUAGAUUUUCUCAUAGUGAGGCCGCGUAAUUUUAGCGGUCACAUAUGUAUAACCGCCGCUAGAAUGCUCCCUCGCUGUUUUUCAAUUACACAUAAUUAUUAUUAUUGGAAAGUGUUGAGCGUUGAGAAGGUAGUUUAUGUAUGUUUAUAGUGUACUGUAGUAGCGGGCGGUGGAUUUGGCAGGGCCGGGAGUCGACGCUCUGCAUUGCCGCCCCUUGGCCUUAGUUAGGGGCGGCACUACUUUAGCAGAGCGCGACCGAAGCUUAUUGUUAUCGAUAUGUUGAAGCUGCGGUCCCCAAAGCUCGAUCGAAGUCGACCAAGUCCUCUUCGGGGAGCUUUGGGAACGGUUGCAAGGGACUAAAAGUCCGCGAACGUUACAAAUCAACUAGUGAUUACUGAUUGAGUACAAAAUGCUGCCAUUUCUCGCCGCGCCGGUUUUAUUAUCAUUAUUAUUAUUAUUGAUAAUGUAAUUCUUCAGAGUUUAGCAUGAGCAAUAUCAUCAGAGGUUUUUAUUAUCAUUUUGUUUUCGGUAAUGGUUCCAUCGAUAUUCCAUUGUAUGUUAUCCAAUGUUUAGACAAUAAAACAUGUUUCAAUAAAACAAUCGAUGCAUCAAACCAAGUCUCCAAUCUUAGUAGGCAAUUAACUUAUUAAUUAUUAUUGGUAUGUGCAUACGUAUAUAUUAGCAAUAAAUUACUGAUUUGUUUGUUGUUUUUCGUCGUGGAAUAUCGUUGCCAUUCCUUUUAAUAAAAAAAUGAAUGUUAAGUUGAAUAUGGAGGUGAGCAUUUCCGUAGGUUUUCUUAAGCAAUGUGUGCCAUACCUGGAAAGGAUUCCCAUGCCAAAUAUACUGUAUGAAUCUGACGGAGAUUCUCACAUCCUUGUUGAAUACCAACAAAUUUACAAACAAUAAAAACAAGUAUGUAUUUAUUAAACACUACUAGAGUACCUAUGAUGUCGCUGGAGAAGCAUGCAAUUGUCAGGAUCCUUCAGUAUAUUGUAAAUUAUCUAUUUGUAACAUUAGGCUAACAAUAAAAUUGUAGCUGACUAAGUCGGUAUAAUGUCACGGAGUGUAAAGCUUUAGAAUGUACAAAAGUUAUUUAUUUUUCGUUAUUGUUUUAUUGAAAAAAUAUUUAGGUUAAGACGGUUAAAAAUUUUUCUUCCUGGUGUCAUACCGAUCUACCCAGCAUAGAGUAUGUGGAAAUGUUUUUUAUAUGCGUGAAAAUUUGAUAUCAAUAUAAUAUAUGACAUAAAAUGAUCGAGCUUUUGACGGCUUUUUAUAUAAAUGUAAUACAAUGGGAUUACAAAUUUUUAAGACGUAAUUAAUAUAACCAUUGUCUAUA